CCAUAGCCACGGUAGCCCUGGCGACAAGAACCCAGCAACGAGAAUCAACAACAACAACAACUGAAUCCGCCAUAAAAACUAAAAGAAGAUAUUUUACCAGUGGGAAAUACACACGUGGAACCAGAGUAGCCAUAACAGGCAACUGCCUCCCAGUGUUAGCUGGGGGUUAGCCUGCAAGCUAGCUGUCGUUCUGAUAACCAGUUGGGUUUCUUGUGUGCUGUAGUUUGCGCCUGCUGCUUCUCCGUGUGACACUGAAUUUCGCCUGCCAUGACGACGCAGCCAUAGAUGCAUACCCAAGCAGGCCGUUGUUAUGGCGAUGUCAAAUGCAAAAGCCUGAUUCCCAGCUCUUGUAAUGGCCACCUCAGGCUACGUAGGUGAGAUCCAGCCAGCGGCCCAAACCCAGGGGGCUGCUGUCACCGUCACAACGGGUCAGCCUGAUACCAGCGCCACCCCUGUAACUGCUCCUCAGUUUUUGGCUGAGAUUCAGACUACUGUGGCUGCUCCCACUGUGGUCACACCCACAGGCCAAACUACUCCCACAGAACAAGCCACUUCCAUCACUCAGAAGCCUGCUGCUGCUGGUCAGACCCAGUCCACAGCGCAAGCCCAGCCAGCUCAGACACAGUAUGUAACUGCAGAGAUCCAGGGCUCCCCCACGCAGUCAGGAAAUGCUCAAAGUACCCCGCAGUACAUUGUUGUUACCGUCACAGAGGGUUCCCUUCACUCAAAUGACAGUGUGUCAGACUCUAGUCCGCCUCCAGCUGUGGUGCAGACGGGAGUGCCCACACAGGUUGUUCAGCAGGUACAGACAGCUCAGCAGAGGUCAGUGGUGCAGGCCACCUCCCAGAUUGCCAAAACUGAGCCAGGCACACAGCUCAGUGUCACUAGUCUACAGCCUGUCCAUAUCACCCAGGAGCUUCCCCUUAGCUCGAACAUGAUUGGUUUAGUCAGGGAUAAGAAACUAGAAGAUUGGCAGCCAUGUCGUGAGGCAGGGCAGUCAGCUUGCCUUCGCUGGGUGUCAGCAGACUGCAUAAGCAGUUGCUGCUGCAACCCCAUCUCUUUCCCCUUGGAUCAGAAUUGGCUGUCACUGUACACGCUGUCUGUGCUUGCUGAGAAUGAGAUAGGAGGCCAUCCUGCUGUCACCAGCUCAGGUCCCAAUCAUCCACCUCUGCAGACUACAACCAAAGCUUUCCAAGUCCAGCAGCAGCUCACAUCAGUGCCAGUGCAACAUGUGUACACCAAUCAAGUGCAGUAUGUGGAAGGAGGAGACAACAACUACACUACCAGCACCAUUCGUUCCGGCACCUUCCCUUACACCGACACCCCCCUGUACACCCAGACUACCGCUGCCCCGUAUUACGAAGGACAGGCAACUUCUGGUGCGCAGCCCUCCACACCCGGCACACCUCUGACCGUCUCUGUGACAGCCGGCACUACAGCGGGUGUCUCAAUGUUUGUGGCCCAGCCUACUACUGCGGCAGGGGGAGGGGCCACAGUGGUGACAGCAGGUGGUACUACCAACGGGGCAGGGGAAGGGGCAGGGACCAACGGCGGCUCGGCGGGCAGCUAUGUGAUCCAGGGGGGUUACAUGCUGGGCAGCAGCAGCAGCAACAGCAGCGGAUCGGCAGCCGGGAACAGUCAGAACUACUCACACACCGCCCGCGCCUCUCCGGCCACUGUGAGUAUUACAGAGGGCGAGGAGAGUAGCGUGCCGUCGGCAGACAAGAAGGUACAGUGGUUGCUGGACAACUAUGAGACAGCUGAAGGAGUGAGUCUGCCCCGUUCCACCCUUUACUGCCACUACCUGCUGCAUUGCCAGGAGCAGAAGCUAGAACCCGUUAAUGCUGCGUCGUUUGGGAAACUCAUCAGAUCAGUGUUCAUGGGGUUACGCACACGGCGCUUGGGCACUCGGGGUAAUUCUAAAUACCACUAUUAUGGGCUGAGAAUCAAAGCAGGCUCUACUCUCCUCCGGCUGAUGGAAGACCAACAGCACCUGGCUAUGAGGCAACAGCCGUUCUCACAGAAACAGAGGUUGAAGCCUGUGCAUAAAGUGGAAGGAAUGACCAAUGGCACGGCAGCAGGAGUGGGCCAGCAGCAGCAACAGCAGCAGGGGUCAGGGCAUGUGGACAUCAGCACCCAGGUUCAGCAGUACCAGCAGUUCCUAGAUGCAUCCAGAGCUCUCCCAGAGUUCCCAGAAAUUGAUCUCCAGGGGAAGUCUCUGCCAGAGGGCAUUGAGCUGGAGCACAUAAAGAGCUUUCAGCUGCUGUACAGAGAACACUGUGAGGCCAUUCUCGAUGUGAUGGUUAACCUGCAGUUUACCCUGGUAGAGACCCUGUGGAAGACCUUCUGGAGGUUCAGCCAAAGUCAGGCUGGAGAUGCCACGUUGGCUGUUCAUGAUGAGUCAGAGAAGCGUCUCCCUAAGUCCUGCCUGGUGUUGCUGUGCAAGUAUGAGCCAGUGCUGCGCUGGAGCCGUGACUGUGACAACAGCCUCUACCAGGGCCUGGUGGAAAUCCUCAUCCCUGAUGUCCUCAGACCCAUCCCGAGUGCCUUAACUCAAGCCAUUCGCAAUUUUGCCAAGAGCCUGGAGAGCUGGCUGACCAAUGCCAUGAUGAACAUCCCUGAGGAAAUGGUCCGCAUCAAGGUAACAUCAGCCAACGCUUUUGCUCAGACACUGCGCCGCUACACCAGUCUGAACCACCUCGCCCAGGCAGCCCGCGCCGUCCUCCAGAACACGGCUCAGAUCAACCAGAUGCUGUCCGACCUCAACCGCGUUGACUUUGCCAACGUCCAGGAGCAGGCUUCAUGGGUGUGCCGGUGCGAAGACCGUGUCGUCCAGCGGCUCGAGCAGGACUUCAAGUUGACCCUCCAGCAGCAGAACUCAUUGGAGCAGUGGGCAGCGUGGCUUGACAGUGUGGUCUCCCAGGUCCUAAAGCCCUACCAACACAGCCCUGCCUUCCCUAAGGCCGCCAAGCUCUUCCUGCUCAAGUGGUCCUUUUACAGUUCCAUGGUGAUCAGAGACCUCACCCUCCGGAGUGCAGCCAGUUUUGGAUCCUUUCACCUGAUCCGCCUGCUGUAUGACGAGUACAUGUACUACCUUAUAGAGCACAGAGUGGCCCAGGCUAAAGGAGAGACCCCCAUUGCUGUUAUGGGAGAGUUUGCCAGUUUAGGUCGGGCUCUGAACCAGCUGGAUCCGGAUAAAGAAGAAGAAGAAGAAGAGGAGGAAGAGAGUGAUGAAGAAGGUCAGGAGCUGUCCCUUCCCUCAGAUGGGGCUGUGCUUGGAGAGGAGUCUCUGGAGCCGCCUGCCAAGCUGGCCAGAACUGACCAGAGAGUUCUCUUCGCCACCGGGUCAGCUGACAACUAACCGCAGUGUAAAUGAUAUGUGCUGAUUAUAAUGAUCGCACACACACACAGAUGUACAAAGAACAGUAAUUUAUACACUUGACACAUGUAUAUAGAUCUUGUCGACGUGCGCGCGCACUCUCGCUGCAUACCGUUUUGAUUGCGCGUGGUGUUCAGGCACACACACACACGCACACGUACACAAAACAGAACACACACACAAGUCAGUAACUGCUGCUGCCUGGAUGGCACAACCACCUGUCUGCACCAUUGAUUUCAUCCACAAUCAGUGGCGUUUGCAACAGGACGUGGCUUCACAAACCCAGAGUUUCUUAAUGCAAAGAGAAACUUCAGUUCCGACCUUCAGUUGUAUUAAUCUGUAAAAACAAACUAAAGCCAGGCACUUUUUUUGUUGAUUUCCUCAUUGCGCUGCAACCCGUGGCCUCGCCGUUUCUCUCAUUGCUGUAAAACUUGUGCUCGCCCUCCCGCAACUGUCACUGCCGUAACAAAAUGGUCUUUAAAAGGUGCUGUGAAGUGUGUGUAAAGGGCACAGAGCAGACCAUAGACAGUAAAUGGUGUUUGAAUUUAGUAGUUACUGCAUCAUUUACCGCUUUGGGGAGUGAGUAGGGCUUUUUGAAAGACAGCAAGUGGCCGGGUUUUUUUUUUUUUUGUGCACGUGUGUGUGUCUGUGUGUUUUUUCUCUGUCUGCUUGUACGAGCACUGUGGUCACACCGCCCUGCUGUUAUUUCUAGAGGCUGACUGAACAGGCUUUUCCAUGGUUGUGCGCGUCUGGUUACGUGACUCACACCGACUGUUCUGUAGAUAUUUUCUAAGACAUUCAAAUUGGUUUGAUUUUAAAGCGUGCGAGUUCCUGUGUGAUUCACCUGUUAAAAAAAAAAAAAAUAAGAAAGAAAGAAAGAAAAGCUCUCGUGUUCUCGGAGUGCCUGCCGCAGCUGCUGCACACACUUGUGAAGAUAAAGCUCCAGCUGUGAAGUAGGAACUCACGUUAGUUGCUGCAAAAGAAAAAGAAAAAUCCUCUCUUUUUACAGAACAUCUGGUUCCACCAGAGAGAGAGAUGUGCUGUAUGUGUUCCGUAGUUUAUGUUCAAAUGUUCAUCCAAUAAGUUCCUCUGUGGCCUCAUUUUCCUUUGACUUAUUAUUUUCUUGCCUUAUUUCAUUAUGUUUUGUUUUUUUCCACAUUUGUGCGUGUGCCAAACCGGUUCGCUUUGAUCCUCGCUGAUUUUUUCUUUUUCUUUCGUAAUUCUCUCUGUUUUAGGGACUGUGCCUGAGUAAGAACGGUGAUAUUCUUAUAUUCUACUGUAUAUUUAUCCACUAUUUUGAAUUUCGUUGUCACUAAGUGAACCUCUUGUGCAGUGUAUGGUGCUGUGUUGUCACACAUUGUAAGCAACCCUUGUGUGCAUUAUUGAUUUGUGAUUGUACGUUCGGUUAUCGAUCCUCUUUCGUAUCUGAUGACUUUUCCACACACAUGCUAAGACCCUGCCUCUUUGCACAUGUUGACUUUAAAACUCAAGAGUUUGGGGGGUUUUUUUCUCUUCGUUGUUUUGUUUUCCCCACUUUUUCAAGGUGUUUUUAACGGUGAGGUGGAGGUGCCAGAUUUCAUGCAUUUGUCUCUCACCUCACAGGGAGGUUCGGAGAAUUUGACGAGAGGUGAGAGAUCUGCUGGCUUUUUGUCUGCUCACUCCUCCACUGACGCUCAUCUCUCUCGUCUCACUGCGUUUCCACCCUCCCGCCCAUUGGCUUUGUUUAGCUUCAAACAUCCAUAUUCACUGUUCAUCGAGAUUGGUUGCUGUAAAUGUGUCAUUUUAAAAAUUUUUGUCAAUACUGCGUCUUUAAAAAGCAAUGCGUGUUAUCACAGGCAUUGACAGCCUCAAACCAGCACAUCAUCCUUUAUACGGAGUCUAGCGCUACCACAGCUGAGUACAUAUCACUCCAGUCUUUUAAUGAUCUACAGCGUACAGAAUGGCCAUUGUUUACCCAGUAAAAGAAAAAAAAUGUUGAAGUCAUUUUUAUAGUGCAUUGUUUCUUAUGUACAAAACAAACUGAGAAAAAAAAAAAAGAUGUUCAGUGGCAGUGUUUUCUGGAUUUGGUCUGCUCUAAGUAUGACUGUGCCUUUGGAGGUGGUAGAAUGCAAUUCAGAUGUUUUUAAUUUUAAAGAUAUAAAUUAAAGAAUUUUUAAAAUUACA